AUGUCAACACUCCGAACGUCUGUUAUCAUAUAUUUUACGCUAAAUAGAAGACAUUUUUCUCAUUCUUUUUCAGGUGGUUAUAAAUCCAAAAACUUUGAAACGUUGCCGCACGACCUCCCUCUUCAUACCGGCUUUUCCGGAUGUAUAUUCGACGUUGAAUUGCGUACAGACACGACAAUUCUUCCACUGACUGGUUCCAGUCCUGCCACCGGCCGUGGCGUAGGUGAAUGCAAUCGUAAUGAAUGCAUUCGCCACUCGUGCAAGAACGGUGCGGUAUGUUUACAUCAUGGAGCAUCGUAUAGUUGCAUUUGUACAAAGGAAUGGGUUGGGCCUGACUGUUCCAUUCCUAUCUAAACCUAUCUAAUCGUCGCUGAAAACGUUC